GCGAAGGUGGGCGAGACACGCGGCGCGGGCUGCAAAGACGCCGCGGACGAGGGUCUCAGGACCACCAUCGUGCGGUUCUCCAACGGGGACGUGAAGAAGACGCUGCCGGACCAGCGAGUGGUGCGUGCGGCCGCGGACCCGCCUGAAAAGCAGCGAAGCCGACCAGUCAGUGGGACUUUCCCUUGGGGGGAGGGGUAGCUGGGCAGAAAAUGGGCCACUUGGGCCUCCAUUUGCCAGUCGAGGUGAGAAUUCCCUGGGCCCCUGCGGAGUGGCUCCUGCCCGUCUCCAGGGCCGCUCGCUGGUCUCCAGGGGACACUGGGGCCUGGGAGGAUAAUUCUUGCAGCGACAGAUAAUGAGCACUGUCUGCAUUCAUCUCACUACGGACCAUUAUUCCCGCACCCCGUCCCAGCCUGUCCCUGCAGCCCCAGUCUGUCCCAGCACCUCCUGCAGCCCCUGUACCCCCAGCCUGUCCCUGCAGCCCCGGAAUCUCCAGCUGCCAGUGGCGGGUGGGACAGCUGUGGUUCAGGGUCGCAGGGCCCACGGGUCGCGCUCACUGGGAAACAGUGGGGUCUGGAUGUGCUACAGGCGAGGCCACCAUGGUCAGGCGGCCUCAGGUGCCAGGGCCCGUCCAGGUGAAGGGCCAGGGCCGUGCCACGUCCGGCGACCUCUCCCACUGUCUUGUUUCUGGGGCUUUGAGGACGAUCCUCUUCAGAGCCCACCUCCCUCCCCAGGGGCGGGCCCUCCUCACCUCCCGUCCCUCCAUCCCCCGACAGGCAGGCCCAGCCUCUCCACCAGGAAGCAGGAAGUGCUUCCCCAGAGGAGACCCGGGCUCGCGAUGACAGCACGGCUGCCCCGACGCCAUGUCUCUGUGCCUGCAGGUCCACUACUGCGCCAGCACGGGGACGACGCGCACCGUCCACCCCAGCGGCCUGGAGGUCGUGCGCUUUCCCGACAAGCGGACAGAGAAAUUCCACCCCGACGGCUCGAAGGAAGUCUUGUUCCCGGACGGGACAGUGACACGUCUUCACGAUGGACAAGAGGAGACGGUGUUUCCCGACGGGACGUCGGUCAGCGUGGCCAGGAACGGCGACAAGACCAUCGUGUUCAGCAACGGGCAGCGGGACAUCCACACGGCCGAGUUCAAGCGGCGGGAGUACCCCGACGGCACUGUCAGGACCGUGUACUGCGAUGGCCGCCAGGAGACCAGGGACGCGUCCGGGAGGGUGAAGGUCAGAGACGAGGCCAGGAACCGUGUCCUGGACUGGAAGUAGGUCACCCACUAACACAGCACAGGCGUCCAGUCGCCGUUUUGUUAAAACAAAAACAAUGAACGGAUGACACGGUCGCUGCCCCGAACGACGGCCCCACACGAACUCUCGGAUCCCGAGGCGCCUGGAGGCUGCGAAGGAAGAGACGCCGUGUCUGGCUUCCUGGUUAGAGAAGCCUGAGGCCCCACCAGCCAGGGGUCCCCAGAGGGGCCGGGACCCAGGAGGCUGCAGGCCGGCCCCGUGGACCGUGUGGCCUCGCGCACGUGGCAGUCUGUCCUCUUGGUCCCUCGGUGGCCCUCAGUCCUCACGGUGUUUCCUUCCCUCCCAUCCGGGCACUCGGCCUUCUCGUGGCCCCGGGUUCUUGCCUGCGUCUGCAGACACCCGUCUCUGUAAACAGACCUAGAAGGAAGGCAACCACAUCCCUGCCACUGAAGGGAAUAAAAUGGGGUAUCUCCUGUUACCUUCUUUGUGUUAUAACUAUUUUGUAUGUUUUAUAUUAACUUUUUAUUGAAGAUCAUUUUGACUCAUAGAUCGGAGAGCAGGUUCAGACCUCUUCGUCUCUGUCCUCUCGUGUUUCUGGGCUGUGGCUGCUAGCACCUAGUUUGA